AUGUGGUGCGUGCCAAAAAUUUUAAUGUAUAUUGUUAUUGUGUCAAGUAAUGCAUUUGCACAAAACAUCUUAUAUGAAGAAGUAUAUUACCAGUGUCCACAACAUUGGAUAAAAUUUCAAGAAUCAUGUUAUCGUUUGGAAAGAGAGGAAAUUAAAAGAAAUUGUGAAGCUUACCAAAGUGAUCUUGUUACAAUUACCUCUCUAGAAGAACAUGGAUUUAUAUUAUAUCAAUUAUUAUGGCAAGAUCCACAACAUCGUAAAUGGUACACUGGUGCAAAGUACCAAAAUGGGAACUGGAUAAACGAAGGCGAUAAUACUCAAUUAGUAAAUAUGGAUAAUGCAUUUUUACCAGAACCAGUUGAUGAAACACUUAGUAGAGAUUAUUUAGUGUAUUCUUAUCAUAAUAAUUUGCAACGUUGGGGAUUGGAAAGAGUAACUGGCAAAGAGAAACUAUUAUAUAUUUGUGAAGCACCAAUUUCUAAUUUACUCAACUUAAUAGAUGAUGAUCGUACUUACCAAUAUGGUAUUGAAAUUGACAAUCCCAAUGAAAUUCCUAGAGGACCAUAUUUUAUUAAACAACCUACAGAUAAAGUAUUUGAUGUAUCAAAAAGAAAAAUAAAUAAUGAUGUUUCAUUGAGCUGUUUAGCUAGUGCUUAUCCUGCAGUAACAUAUGAAUGGUUUAAAGAAAUUUAUGAAAAUGAUAGAUUGAUUGCAAUAAAAAUAGAUCCAUUAAAUAAUACUAGAUAUACAAUCAGUGGUGGAACUUUAAUUAUUUAUGAACCUGAUCAGGCAGAAGAUAGAGGUUCUUAUCAUUGCAAAGCAACAAAUAAAUUUGGUACAAUUAUUUCUGAAAGUGUGGAGUUAUCAUUUGGAUAUAUUUUAGAAUUUAAUUUCAAACGUUCAGAAGAACGUGGAGAUCAAAAUUGGGGUAAAGCUGUAUAUUGUGAUCCACCACAACAUUUUCCUGGAGUAAAAUAUUAUUGGGCACGUGAUUAUUUUCCUAAUUUUGUUGAAGAAGAUAAGCGUGUCUUUGUUUCUCAUGAUGGAGCACUUUAUUUUUCUGCAUUGGAGAUGAUUGAUCGUGGCAAUUAUUCUUGCAAUGUUCAAAGUGUUGCUUCUGAUACUGGACGAAAUGGACCAUUUUUCCCUUUAAGGGUUGAUCCACAUUCUUCAUUUCAGCAAUUAAAGUUUCCAAAUAAUUUCCCAAAAGCAUUUCCAGAAGCUCCAAUUGCAGGAGAAGAAGUUAGACUUGAAUGCAUUGCGUUUGGAUAUCCUGUUCCAUCAUACAAUUGGACAAGGAGAGGUACAUCAUUACCACGUGGAUCAUAUACAAUUAGUUAUAAUCGAGUAUUAAUAAUUCCAAAAAUACAUGUUGAUGAUCAAGGAGAAUAUAUUUGUAGAGUUCACAAUGAUAGAUUGUCAAUUGAGAAUUCUGUAAGGCUAACUAUCCAAGCAGCUCCGAAUUUUACGAUUCCACUAACAGAUAAACAUAUGGAUAAUAGAGGAGAGUUAACUUGGACUUGUGAAGCAUUUGGAAUACCAGAUGUAACUUAUAAUUGGUUUAGAAAUGGUGAAAUAUUAGAUAUGGAAAUGCUUCCACCUGAAGAUAAAAAUCGAUAUUCUAUACAAGACAAUGUUUUAAGUAUAAAACAUUUGGAUCCAGAACGAGAUCAAGCUAUGUAUCAAUGUCGUGCAAAAAAUCAAUUAAGAACUAAAUACUCAUCUGCUCAACUUCGAAUUUUAUCAUUGAAACCAUCUUUCAAAAAGCGGCCUAUGGAACCUGAAACUUAUGCAGCAGAAAAAGGUAAUGUUACAAUCUUCUGCAAUCCUGAAGCUGCACCUAGACCAAAAUUUGUUUGGAAGAAAGAUGGAAAUGUAAUUGGCUCUGGUGGUAGACGUAGAAUUUUAGAAACUGGCAAUCUCAUAAUUAGUCCUGUUUCAAGAGAUGAUGAAGGCACAUAUAUUUGUACUGCAACAAAUCAAUAUGGUGGUGAUGAAACUCGCGGACGGCUAAUAGUAUUACGUGGUCCUCAGUUUGUGGAAAAGUUACCACAACAUAUUACUACAGCAGUUAUGCAAAAUCAAACUUUGCGUUGCAUGGGGGAAGUAGAUGAAAUGCUAGAUGUAGCUUAUAUUUGGAAACAUAACGGUUUACGGAUAAGAGAUGAAGACUUAGUAAACAAUCCUAGAUUGAAUAUCGAUGGAGAAGAACUUAAUAUAAUAAAUGCUACAUUCGCAGAAGCAGGAGAAUAUGAAUGCAUAAUUAAAAGUGCAGUAGGUGAAAUUUCUAGUAAAACCACAAUUACAAUAGAAGGACCACCAGGGCCACCUGGUGGUGUGCAAGUUGUAAAUAUUGUAAAAACUUCUACAACUUUACGCUGGACUGAUGGUGCUUUUAAUGGCAAACCUAUUACAAUGUAUACCAUAAUUGCAAGAACAAAUUGGAAUCACACAUGGUUUAAUCUCAUAGAAAAUAUAACUGCUGUUGAAGUAGAUAGGUACAAUGGUAGAAAGGAAGCUUAUUUGGAGAAUGUUCUAAAUCCCUAUACUACAUAUGAAUUUUGUGUAUCUGCUUUUAAUGAAUUAGGAUACAGUUUACCAUCAUCACCUUCUCCACAAUAUAGCACUCCAUCAGAUAAACCAACAAAAUUUCCAUCCAAUAUAGGUGGAGGAGGAGGAAAAAUUGGAGACCUUACAAUAACAUGGAAUCCUUUACCACCAUCUGAACAAAAUAGUCCAGGAAUUUAUUAUAAAGUUUUUUGGCGUCGAAAAUAUCAUGAGACAGAAUUCCAAUCAUUAUCUUUGAAAGAGUAUGGUAAUACUGGGAGAAGUGUUGUUUCAAUACAACAGCAGUAUUAUUAUACAGAGUAUGAAGUUAAAGUUCAAGCUGCUAAUGCAUUGGGUUUUGGACCAAUCUCUAAUGCAGUUACAAUAUUUAGUGCUGAAGAUAUGCCACAAGUAGCUCCUCAACAAGUUGUUGCACAUAGUUACAAUAGUACUAGCUUAAAAGUAAGUUGGUCACCAAUAGAACAAACACGUGAAAAAAUACGUGGCAAAUUGAUAGGUCAUAGAAUAAAAUACUGGAAAGAAAGUAAUGGAGAGGAAAAUGCAGUAUAUUAUUUAUCUCGAAGUACAAAACCUUGGGCUCUUGUAGUUGGUUUACAACCUGAUACUUAUUAUUAUGUUAAAGUAAUGGCUUAUAAUUCUGCUGGAGAGGGCCCUGAAAGCGAACGAUAUUUAGAAAGAACUUAUCGUAAAGCACCACAAAAGCCACCAUCUUCUGUUAAUGUGUAUGGAGUAAAUCCUUCAACAGUUCGAGUUGUGUGGCGUUAUGUACAACCAAGUCUAGAAGAAGAACCAUUAAUAGGUUAUAAAAUACGUGUUUGGGAACUAGACCAAGAUAUGAGUACUGCAAACGAUACUAUUAUACCUGGUGGUUCAAAAUUAGAAGCUGAUAUUACCAAUCUCAGUCCUGGAAAAGCAUAUCAUUUGCGUGUACUUGCAUUUAGCAAAGGAGGAGAUGGACGUAUGUCAAGUCCAACUCAUACAUUUCAAAUGGGUGAUGCAGCUGCUUUUAGAAGCACAGCUAGUAAUAAAAUAUUGGAUGCUGCCUUAGGUAUAUCAUUGUUAUUAUUACUUAUGUUGCGAUUUGCUAGCCGAAAAUUAUGUUCAAUUCAUGUGAAUAAAACUAUAAUAUUGAAUAUUAAGCAAACAAGAAAUUUAAAUUUACUCGAGUAUCAGAGUAAGGAACUUUUAAGAGAUUGUGGGGUUUCUGUACAAAAUUUUGCUAUUGUGGAUGAUUUAAAUAAAGCAAAUUCUGCUUUACAAAAAUUGCAUGCGGAUGAGUAUGUUGUAAAAGCUCAAGUAUUAGCAGGUGGUCGUGGAAAGGGAUGGUUUGAUAAUGGUUUUAAAGGCGGUGUACAUCUUACAAAGGAUCGCAAAGCUGUUAUAGAUGUUGUGAAAAAUAUGUUAGGUCAUCGUCUUAUUACAAAACAAACUUCAAAAGAUGGUAUAUUAGUACAAAAAAUUAUGAUAGCAGAAUCUGUAAAUAUUGCACGUGAAACAUACAUUUGUAUACUCAUGGAUAGACAACACAAUGGGCCUGUAUUAGUAGCUUCACCAGCAGGUGGUAUGGAUAUUGAAACAGUUGCUGAAAAAAAUCCAGAAUUAAUAAAAACUAUACCUCUUGAUAUAUAUUAUGGAAUUGAUGAUGAAAUUGCUAAAGAUGUUAGCAUGUUUAUUGGUUUUAUGGAUUCAACAAUACAACAGAAAGCAAUAUUUGAGUUAAAAAAUUUGUGGAAACUAUUUGUAGAUAUUGAUGCUUUACAAGUUGAAAUUAAUCCAUUGGUCGAAACUACAGAUAAACAAGUUAUAGCAGUAGAUGCAAAAAUAGCAUUUGAUGAUAAUGCACAAUUUAGACAUCAGGAUUUAUUUGCUUUAGAGGAUAAUGGUACAAAAGAUCCUAGAGAAGCAGAUGCAUUACGUUUUAAUUUGAAUUAUAUUGGUAUGGAUGGUAACAUAGGAUGUUUAGUUAAUGGUGCGGGUUUGGCUAUGGCUACUAUGGAUAUAAUUAAAUUAAAUGGUGGCUCUCCAGCAAAUUUUCUGGAUGUGGGUGGAAAUGUUAAAGAGGAUCAGGUUUAUCAAGCAUUUAGAAUUCUCAGUGAAGAUCCAAAAGUAAAAGUUAUUCUUGUAAAUGUAUUUGGAGGUAUUGUAAAUUGUGCUACAAUAGCAAAUGGAAUCAUUGCAGCAUAUCAUAAUUUACAGCUUAAAAUUCCACUUGUUGUUAGACUAGAAGGUACUAAUGUAACAGAAGCAAAGAAACUUCUUGCAGAGAGCAGUUUAUCAAUUGUUACAGCAAAUAAUUUGGAUGAAGCUGCAAAAAAAGCAGUUAUGUCUGUAAAAACAUAA